UUUCUUUUACUGUUUUUAUGUGCUAAAUAUAUUCUGAUCUUUUUAUUUUAUUUUAUUUUUCUAUAGUACCAACCCAAAGAACAUUUGCACAUGCGCCACUUUCUUUUUUUUAAUAAUUAAAGUUUUUCCCAAGGUAAAUGUAAAGCCGCAAAGUUUUUCUACUAAACCUUUUUUAUUAAAUUUCAUUUGAUGUGGGAUGACAGAGCUGUCAAAAUUCGUAUAACUUUUACCCACCCACUCAAAGUUUGAUGGAUUUUGAUUUUAAUUACUAAUGAAUAAUCUGAUAAGAAUGAUAAUUAACCAAUUAUAUCACAAAUUAAAAAUUAGUUAUAUAUAUUUCUAUGUAAUAAUAAACCCUAUGCACACAUAUAGUUAACUUAUAUCCAUUGUAAUUAUACUAAUUAAAGAAUAUUUUAACAGGCUAAUGUGAUUAUGUGAAGAAUUAUAUAACUUUAAAUCCUUAUCAUGUUAAAAAAAAGGUCACAAUAUAAACAUACCUAUUACCUAAUAACAUUCCUUUAUUACAAGUGAAAAAAGUUCAAAUUCUUGAGUUAGAAAUAUACAGAUAAAUUGAAAAAUAAAAUAGUUGAAACGUGAUUUUCAAGGAUCAGAUGAGUUGAAUUGUAAUUAUAUUGACAAUUCAAAAUUCAACAUAUUGGGCUUUUUUCCUACGUGAUAUUUGGUAUAGACAUUGAAAUCUGACUAAUUCAAAUACUCUAGCUAUGAAAAAUCACUCUUUCAUAUUCGAAGCACGAAACUAAAACCAAUUCUAAUUUAAAAAAAAAAACGAUUUCAUCCAAUACAUCAUAUUCUUUCGUGCAGGUUCAUUAUUGUUCUUAUCAUUCAACACAUAUUGUUUGAUUACAUUUGUGUUGACUUGAAAAAACAUUUUAUUAAUUAAAUCGUUCACCUAAAUUUUACUUUAACGGGCUUCUUGUCGUUCUUGUACAUUAGAAGGAAGUAAAGGAUAUUCCAAUAUAAAUAUCUAUAUAUAUCCCUACCUUUAUUUACUUCUUCACAUGAUUGAGGCCCUAACAAAUAUUUCUGCUGUCUUUAUGAUGAAAGAUGACUCCCACAUCGAAGGUGGAUGGAGUGAAUCAGACUUUUAUAUAAUUUUUGAAUUUUAAAAAAAAUCAAAUUCAAUAUUUAUUUAACGUGAUGUUAGAAUAUAAUUUUAAAUUUUAAAAAAGUUCAAAUUCAAUGUUCAUUUAACAUAAUGUCAGAGUCAAUCAUCAUAUUCGUUUUGUCUAAUAUUUUCUUACACAUGCCAUUUAAUCCAUUAACCCCCUAUUAAAUUGACAAAAAUUAAUAGUUUAAUUAUUUGAACAUUAUUUUUAUUUUUCUAACAAGUUACAACUAUUUGUUGUCUUUUCAUUAAUUAAUUUAUCAAACAAACCGAAAUACAUGUUUGUCCACAUCCCUUCAAUGUUCAAUUAACCAUAUUCCAUUUUGAUUAAUUAUUAUUUUUUUAAAAAAAAAACAGUUAUUGUAAAAAACUUAGAACACAUGCAUGCAUUUCUUCUAACCCUAUAUUCCUCUUUCUUAUUGGAUAUCCUUAUCGUUAAUUAUAGUAAGUUCCUAAAAGGAAAGAAUAAAUUUAGCUAUACAUAGUCAAAAUCUCUUCUUUUAGGAUGUUUCUUCAUACAUUAUCAUUAAUCAACUAGCUUUACGUACCAUUGAGGCAUAGUUAUUAUUGUUUUCGAUCUGUCUUACAAAAAAUCUUGAAAAAAUGGGGGGUGAAAUUUCCAAGGUAAAAGGCAAGAACAAUAGGAUCCCCCUAAACUUCCUUCGUCGACGUUUACAUGACAAGAAGAAAAGAAGGCGUUUUCGUAGGCCAACAAAACAAUCUACACCUUCCAAGAAGGAAUUACUUUCAUAUGCUACAGAAGAUGAUGAGAAUCUAGAGGGAAGCCUUGGAAAAAGUGAGUAUGUAAUUAAGGAUAUUAAAAAAGUUGAAGCAAAUGAUGAUCAUCAAGAAAGAGUGGCAAAAUUGAUAGAAGCAAUUGUUCAAGAAAACGACGAAGAAGAAGAAGAAAAAGAAAGGGAUUAUGGAGAUGUUGAAGAUGAUGAUAAUCAUAAAGAUGAUCAAAGGAUGAUAAAGCGUAGUUAUGAUGAUGAGGGGCCUGGUUCACCAAGUUUCAGAGUAUAUUUCACAAAUAAUAACAAUGUUGUUGAAGACAAGAAGAUUAAUGAAGUAAUUAUUGGUAACAAGGAUGUCAUUAAGAACGCAACUCCAAUAGCAGCUACUAGUAGACCAACAAUCCUUAUUGCUGCUACCAUACCAUCAACAGAGGUGGUGCCUGUGGGCAGAAAGGUGAAGAAAGAAACGAAGAGGAAGAGUUUUAAAAGUGCACUGUCAAAGAAUAUGCUGAACGUUCGAUCAUGUUACUCUACAGCUCACUCCAGGCACAAGCGCAACCAUAUUCUUCCUGGAAAAGCACCUGCUUGAUCAAGCACUACACAUUUACUUGAUUGUCUUUUAGGAAAAUUAAACUCAUCACCUUUGUCUGCUAUGAUUAGUGGAUGUAAACUAUAGUUUAGCAAAUCAAAUAGCAGGUCCGCUGUAAUGAAAAACUCAGAAAUCAAUAUUAUGAAAUUGUAGACUUAAGAGAUUGUAUAUACCUCUUAAUUCCAGAAUGUCAUCUUCUUUUUCUUUGUUC